AUGUCGAUUGUUAAACUUUCGGGACAGUUGAGGCUAGUUGCUUCAACUCUUCUACAUCGGCAACGAAAAAUUUCACCGCCAGUACAAAUUUGUAGAAAUGCAGGAAGUGCAGUUUAUAGGGAUGCUGCAUACAAGGAGCCUGCAACUGUGCACUACAUGGGGGAAGUCCUCAGUUUCAUAAUGUGGUACUGGAUUUUGUAUCACUGCUGGUAUGAGUUUGACCAUCUAGUGCCACCACAUCAAUAUCCAGAUCCAAGCAAGUUCACAGACGAGGAGCUAGGCAUUCCUGCGGAUGAAGAGGACUAG